AUUGGAACCACUAACCCUAACCUAACCCUAACUUCACUACCCCCACCCACACACCUCACCGCCACUCACCCUAGCCGCCUUUCCCCCUUCGAAAAAAAAGAGAAAGAAAGAAAGAAAGAAAAUGGAAAAAGAAAGGGAAGAACGGAGAGGAAAAAGAAAGCAAAAAAAAAGGGGGAAGCUGGGAGCAAAGAGCAAGAGAGGAGAAAGGGAGAAGAGAGAGAUCGAAGGGGAGAGGGAGGUCACGUCAGCUCACCGUCGUUGCACCGCUGCGUCUACCUCUGUUCCAUCUAGAGGAGAGGGCUCGCGAGAGAGGGAAACCAUCCGCGUUCACAUCGCCGUUCCUCACCAUUUCUGCCGCCAUCGAAGAUGCAAUCCGUCGCCGUCAAGCACCGCGUCUGGUCAAGGUCGCCAUCGUCGUUGUGCUUACCAGAACCGAGCCAGAGGGCAGCGCCGAGAGGAAGACAGUUCACCAUCCUUGUCAUUUGUGCUCGUCGAGAGGAAGCCCAUGGUCACCAUCGCGCCUUAUGCUGCCAGCUUCGUCGUGCCGCCGUCGCUGAGUUUGUUGCCGUGCUUCGUGUCCGCCACUGCUAUGGUCACCGGCAAGUUGCACGGUAUCAUUGGGGUUUGAUGAUGAAGAUUCAUAGAUAUCAAGGUUUGGAAUUUGGUGAAGAUUGGUUCAGUGGUUGGAAUUUGGAGGUUGCUGUUGUGGGAGUCACUGCCGGAGGAGGAGGAGAAGGCUGUAUCACCAUGAUUCUGGCUGCUGAAAAUGGUUCUGUGGCCGCGGGAACCACUGUCGAAGAUUCUGCAGUUUGGUUCAGUCAUUACUCCUUUGUUACGAGUCGAGUUCUAGUUAUUGCGAGUCGCGAUUGAAGUUGCCGCUGCUGCGGGCUAGGAGGAAAAAGAGUUUUGUCGAGUACUUAAGUUGCGAUCGAGGUAAGGGCGCUUUUCUUAAACUUAUUUUACUUUCAAGAGUUGUUACAAGUCGAUAAUUAUAUGAAAAGUAUAUUUUUGUGAUUUCGUACGUCUUAUGGACUGAAUUGAGUUGCUCUGGAUGAUUGUAAUUGUUUGUCUAGUAAAAUUUUUGACUGUUUGAAAAGGUUGUAUAUUUUGAGUUAUUGGUUUUGUUAAAUUGGCGGUUGCCGGAUUAAUUUUCUUGAGAUUUAGAAAUGUUUUGUUAUUGAAAAUGAGUUGACUUUUAAAAAGCUUUAAUAUUGGAAUUUAGUUUAAUUUUAGAAAUGAUUUGAUUUUAGAAAGGGUUUAAUAUUGAAAGGGUUUAAUAUCCAUCGUCAUACCCAUCGCCAGUAUCCGUUGUCGUCGGAAGGAAGGAAGGAAGAAGAAGUCUCUGUCCCCACAGCGAGCCCUUGUCCUGGAGCCCGGUCGUUCCUCUCUCGCCAUUAAUACCAAUCCUCUCGCUGCGGGUAAGCACCACUGGUUCCCCUUAUGUGGUUGCU